AUGGAGGGCCUAGAGUCAAUAGAGAAAGGCCGUUUAUGCAAGGAGAUCCCAUCAAUACCAAAAAAUUCACAGAAAAGUGAUGAGGAAAGGAAUUGUGUGAAGGGGAAAAAGGUGGAGAAGGGGGGACAGAAGGAAAAAUCGGAAGGGGAGAGGGUGGCUAAAUCUUUGGUGGGACUGAUGUGUAAACGAAAAGAGGAGGAGGAGAGGCGGAGAGCACAGAAAGAGGUGGCAUGGGAGGCGGCUGUAGGAGGAGGAGAUGCCAGUAGUGGGUGCUCAAGGAACUCUCCAAAUAGGGUUAACGUGGCAACGAUUCUAAAAGCAUCAGAUCAUGACAUGAUUGAUAUGGAAAUGUCAUUACCAAACUCCAUUAGGAUUGAAGAGGUGGGUAAUGCAAUUAAGGAGAAAAUAAUUAACGAUACUCACAAAAUGAAAACUGCAGACAUGCAUGCAUUUAAGGAGGAUGUGGAUAUCAAACCGUAG